GUGGACCCCACUAUUCCCCAGGUGCAACGCGGGAAGAAGGGAACGGAAAGGAAUCAAUCAAUCACUCCUUUGACUCAUCAUUCAUUCCUUCCUUUCUCUUCCUCCUUUCAUCAUUCCUCAUAAUCGCACGCUUUCUCUUAUUCUUUCUCUCUUUUUACACGCUAAUCUUCGUUUUCCACACCUUCUUCUGCCUUGGUUUACUUUCCAGUUCCACCCAAAGCAGCCAACCAACCAACAAACAACACAAUGUAUCCAAAGGUGAAGGUAAGACACGACGACGACGACGCUGAACUUGGUCUCAAAGCUUUCCUCUCUCUAUAUCUGAAACCAUCUCCUUCUCCAGUGAUGGACCAGAAAGUUGUCUCUACGGCAUCCAUUGUCAAAGCACCAAAGUGUUAUGUGCCUGUAACUAUUCCAAGAGUACUUGUAACUGAAGAAGAUUCUGGAGACUUCAGUUCGGUAUCUGAUUCCUCAGGAGCUACAGGAUCCGAGAAGGAUGAUAGUACCGAUGAAAAUAAAGUAAAUAUUAGAGCCAGUUCGAUCCCACGCCCUCGUGCUGUCAUUUCUAGUCCUGAAAAUGACAUGAUGAUCGGGAAUAGAAACAAGAAUGGAGAUGGAAGACUUUCUGCUUCAAAGAAUGGCGGUGUGUUAGAAAAUAGACAUGCACACUGUAAAGUUAAAUCACAUGACGUUACUGAUAUUCCUCCAGACACAAGAAAGCAGAGGGAGCCAGGGUCUAAGGAUAAAGCUGAUCCUGUAGGAAAGAAAAAGGUCCAUAAAGGCAGCGUAAAAUUCGAAAAUGCACCCUGGAAAUUUUAGUUCUGGAGAAAUCUAGGAACAUGACUAGUUACCAGUUUUUGGCCAUCAAAAUGUGAUAUGAUCUUAAUCUAGGACUAGGUCCCCCUCCCCCCCCCCCCCAAAGAAAAAGAGAGAAUAAAAUGGUGCAUGCUUUGAUGUAACCACUCCGGCAUGCUUAAUACUACCUCACCAAUAUUUUCAAUGUUCACUUGAUGGAUGGAUGUAUGAACUGCUUUGUAAGAUUGUUUAAGUAAAAAGACAUUUUGUAGCAGUGCUUCAUGAUAUAUCAUGUAUCUACAACCAAAUGAAUAUUUGGGAGGCAAGCAAGAAGCUUAGAAAUUUAGUUAAGGAUACUAUGUUUUGUUUUUGUAUGUAGAUUAAAGGACUGCUUAAGUUGUUCCAGAUUUUCAUGCUAGCUGCUCACUUUGGCUAUGGCUUUA